AUGCCACCUCACAAUCCUCACCCCCUCCCCUCCCUCACUCUAAUCGUGGCAACGACCCCAAUCCGCACCGCGUCGACAACCACAAAAGACGAAAUCACGCGCCUAGGCAUAGGCCUAAACGGCACGCUCCCAUGGCCCCGCAUAAAGACAGAUAUGUCAUUCUUCGCUCGCGUGACAUCCCGGCCACCGAGCCAAGGCACGACAAACGCAAUCAUCAUGGGCCGCAAGACGUACGACUCCGUGCCCGCUUCGCUGCGCCCGCUCGCGAAGCGAAUCAACGUUGUGAUCACGCGUGACACGUCCGGUUCUGUUCGCGAGAGCGUCGCUACGGAAUUAGGGAAUAUGAAAAGAAAGAUUGCGACGAAGGCUGCGAAGGCACAGGCUACGAGUGCGGAGAAGGAGGCUUUAGACCCGUCCAAGGAAGCUGUUCCGGCUCCGCCGGUCGACCCGAUGACGGAUGCGAUUGUCACGCCGAGUCUGGGUGCGGCGUUGGAACAGCUGGAUUCUGUGUAUGGGGCGCAGGGGACGCUUGGCAAGAUUUUUGUCAUUGGUGGUGCGGAGAUUUAUAAUGCUACGUUGAAUAUGGGUGCUGAGGAGCUGCGUGGUCGGCCUGUUAGGGUUGUUAUGACGAAUGUUGUGCGGAAGGGGGCUGUGGAUGCGCCUGCUUCGUUUGAGUGUGAUACGUUCUUCCCGUUGGAUGGGCUGCAUGAGAAGAACGGGUGGCGGGCUGUUAGCCCUGGGGAGGUUACCGAGUGGGUUGGCGAGGAGGUUGACGAGGAGUGGAAGGGGGAUGGGGAUGUUGAGGUUCAGAUGGUUGGAUUUGAAAAAUUGACUUAG